GUCACCGCGUCAUUGAACAGGGGAUCAACGACCCCACAUUCUAGGCCGGCGGGGAAUAUCCGACGCCACACUGCGACGUUUAAACGCGAUUCCCACCGUGACGCAAGCACUCUUUCCCCACCAUAAUUCUCUCCAACGCUCUCUGCAACACUCAGCUUUACAGUCUCACAACGCCCAUACGCGCUUCCUUGGCAAUAUUCGACAAAAUACACCCCGUGAAGCUGGAUUCGACAUGGACGCCAAAAUUGACAGCCCCAAGAAUGAGGCACUCUGGCCAAAUGGGGCUCGGGCAGCUAUCUGCAUCACAAUGGACAACAUGGGCGAGGCGGCAGACCUCACUCGGAAGCUCUGGCCUGAGAGCGAACCCAUUGGGAACCAUUUCUCGGUGAAGAAAGUGAUUCCUCAGCUCUUGAAAUUGCUCAAGAAGUACGACAUUCUGGCCACCUACUUCAUCGAAUCCUGGAACAUCAACGUCUACGGCGCCUUCAUCCUGGAUGAGAUUGUCGCGGCUGGCCAUGAAGUUGGCUGGCACGCAUGGCAACACGAGCCGUGGGCAAAGAUCAAAGACGACAGAGAAGAGAGGGCAAACUUUGAACGCAGUUUCGGAUCCGAAGGAAUCGGCAAAUGGCUUGCCACCGAUAAAAUCAAGCCGUACCGCGGAUUUCGCCCACCAGGUGGAAUUAUUAAUGGCAACACGACGAUCAAGAUGUGCAGAGAGUUUGGGCUAGGAUAUCUCAGUCCCGCAGCCGAAAAGGCAGCCGUCGUCAAGAGCGGCCCUGACGGAGACGACCUUGUCAUCCUUCCCUUCAAAUGGGCAGCAGUCGAUGCCUAUUUCUACAUGGAGACUUUCGCAGGCCUACGCAAGCUAAAAGGACAAUAUCCAAUUGCUCCGCAAGAACCUCAAGUAUUGGUUGAGGGCUUUAUUUCCGAAAUUGACAAGGCAAUCGAGAAGGGGGAGUUUUUGGCCAUUCUGUUUCAUCCGUUUCUGACUGAACGCCCGGAGCGCCUCGAAGCGGUGGAAGCGGUGUUGAAGUAUUUGGCGCAGAAACGAGAUGAGGGUCAGAUUUGGCUGGCUCGGUGCCAGGAUGUGGAGGCGUUCGUUCGAGAGCAUCCAGGCAGUGUGGGGAAGGAUCCUGAAUGGGACUUGUCAUCAUGGCGUUGA